GGUGCGCAUUCGGAUUGGCUGGAGCGCCGAUGGCUCGCGCGGGGAUCGCGCGCCUCUUCAACUCUCCAUCAGAAGGCGGGGAGCGCGCGCUGAAGGAACUUCACUGACAGACGCCGAUACUGAACAUGAGCUCACCUCAGGAGAGCUGAUUUUUACCUGUUUACGGCUAAUUUACAGCAUUUCGUGAAGCCUUGAGAGAAAAACUGCACAGAAGAGGACAAACUGAGGAUAUUUAAUCCCAAACAUAUGUGUUUGACGGGCGUUGGUGGCCGCUGUCUGUCAGAAGAGUGCGCUGAGGUAAAAACCAACGGAUUCGACCAAUAUUUCCCUCCGCAAAUAACCGACUCUCCGCCACAGUCUUUGAUUUCGUUGGUUUUACUAUAAACAACAUCUCCAGAGGCUUCUCUGAUUAUUUCACCUGACGGCGGAUUUUUGCCUUGUUUCGACUGUUUAUACGAUGGGAAGAAGUAAAAAGACUGCGAAAAGAGAACGAGGCGGAUCGGGAUUCUUACCGCAGAUGAUCACUGUGUUGAUUUUUAGUAUUUUAUCGCUUAUCAACAUCGGUGCGGCUCAAGAUGAUGACUAUCUGGGAUUGGGCGAACUCCCGGAGACGUUCCCCUCGGACCCGCCCGAGCCUCUCCCGCACUUCCUGAUGGAGCCAGAGGAGGCGUACAUCGUCAAGAACAAGCCCGUCAACCUGUACUGCAAGGCCACGCCCGCCACGCAGAUCUACUUCAAGUGCAACAGCGAGUGGGUCCAUCAGAAGGAGCACAUGGUGGAGGAGCGCGUGGACGAGACCUCCGGUUUGGUGGUUCGGGAGGCCAGUAUCGAGAUCACCCGUCAGCAGGUGGAGGAACUGUUCGGUCUGGAGGAUUUCUGGUGUCAGUGUGUGGCCUGGAGCUCCGCGGGAACCACCAAGAGCCGUAAGGCCCACGUCCGGAUCGCCUAUCUCAGGAAAACCUUUGACCAGGAGCCUCUGGGAAAGGAAGUGUCACUCGAACAGGAAGUGCUUCUCCAGUGCCGCCCGCCAGAAGGAAUACCUGCUGCUGAGGUGGAGUGGCUGAAAAACGAGGAGAUUAUCGACCCCGCGGACGACAGAAACUUCUACAUCACCAUCGACCACAACCUGAUUAUCAAACAGGCCCGUCUGUCCGACACCGCCAACUACACCUGCGUGGCCAAGAACAUCGUGGCCAAACGGCGAAGCACAACAGCCACCGUCAUCGUCUACGUGAACGGCGGUUGGUCGACAUGGACCGAGUGGUCGGUGUGUAGCAGUCGCUGUGGGCGUGGCUUUCAGAAGAGGACGCGCAGCUGUACCAACCCGGCGCCGCUGAACGGAGGAGCCAUCUGUGAGGGUCAAGCCAUCCAGAAACUGGCCUGUAACCCUCUGUGUCCAGUGGAUGGCCUGUGGACGGAGUGGAGCAAAUGGUCGCCGUGUGGGACGGAGUGCACCCACUGGAGACGGCGGGAGUGCAGCGCUCCGGCCCCCAAGAACGGCGGGAAGGACUGCGAGGGAACGGUGCUCCAGUCCAAGAACUGCACAGAUGGGCUCUGUAUGCAGAGUUCCUUAUAUCAGAAGUCCUCCGAACACACAGACAAGAGCAAUGCUCUGCCACAUCCAUCGGCUCCCAGCACUGAUGAUGUGGCUCUUUACGUGGGAAUCGUCAUCGCCGUCAUCAUGUGUCUGGUGAUCUCCGUCAUCGUGGCGCUGUUCGUCUACCGGAAGAACCACCGAGACUUCGACUCGGACAUCAUGGAUUCGUCGGCGCUCAACGGAGGAUUCCAGCCGGUCAACAUCAAGACGGCUCGGACAGCUGAUCUGCUAGCAGCUCCUCCUGACCUGACGUCGGCCGCUGCCAUGUACAGAGGUCCCGUUUACGCCCUCCACGACGUGGCCGACAAAAUCCCCAUGACCAACUCCCCACUUCUGGACCCGCUGCCCAACCUGAAGAUCAAGGUGUACAACUCGUCCGGCAUGGUGACGCCCCAGGAGGACCUGUCCGACAUCUCGUCCAAACUCUCGCCCAAGCUCCCGCACUCCUUGAUGGACGGAGACACCAUCAGCCGCCGCGCGCAGACCCUGGUGCGCUCGUGGGACCCGUCCUGCACGGCCUUCGGCUCCUUCAACGCUCUCGGAGGGCAUCUGAUCGUGCCCAACUCAGGAGUGAGCUUGUUGGUGCCAGCGGGCGCCAUCCCUCAGGGACGAGUGUAUGAGAUGUACGUGACGGUUCACAGGAAGGAGAGCAUGAGGCCGCAGGUGGACGACACACAGGAGACGGUUCUGAGUCCUGUGGUCAGCUGCGGUCCUCCUGGAGCUCUUCUGACGCGGCCCGUCAUCAUCACCAUGCACCACUGCGCCGAGGCUGACAGCGAGGACUGGCUCAUUCAGCUGAAGAGCCAAUCACAGCAGGGCCAGUGGGAGGACGUGGUGGUUGUGGGCGAGGAGAACUUCACCACCCCCUGCUACAUUCAGAUGGACGAGGAGGCCUGUCACAUCCUGACCGAGACGCUGGGCACGUAUUGUUUGGUGGGUCAGUCCGUCAGCGCCGCCACCACCAAGAGACUGAAGCUGGCCAUCUUCGGCCCCGUGAGCUGCACCGUCCUGGAGUACAACAUCAGAGUCUACUGUCUGGACGACACGCAGGACGCGCUGAAGGAGGUGCUUCAGAUGGAGAAACAGAUGGGCGGGAAGCUGCUGGACGAACCCAAGUCUCUGAACUUCAAGGACAGCACCCACAACCUGCGUCUGUCGCUGCACGACGUCCCGCACACCCUCUGGAAGAGCAAACUCAUCGCCAAAUACCAGGAGCUUCCCUUCCAGCAGGUGUGGAGCGGCUCUCAGCGGAACCUGCACUGCACCUUCACCCUGGAGCGCUUCAGCGCCGCCACGCUCGAGCUGUCCUGUAAACUGUGUGUGAGGCAGGUGGAGGGGGAGGGACAGAUCUUCCAGCUCAACACCACCCUGUCUGAGGACUCUCAGUGCAUCGACACGUCUCUUCUGGAUCCGGCCAGUAACAUCACCACACUGGUGGGUCCGAACGCCUUCCGGAUCCCGCUGUCCAUCCGGCAGAAGCUGUGCGGGAGUCUGGACGCUCCUCAGACCCGCGGCAACGACUGGAGGAUGCUGGCGCACAAACUCAACCUGGACAGGUAUCUCAACUACUUCGCCACCAAGUCGAGUCCGACCGGCGUGAUUCUGGACCUGUGGGAGGCGCAGCAUUUCCCCGACGGCAAUCUGAACCGCCUGGCCGCUGUUCUGGAGGAAAUGGGCCGUCACGAGAACAUCAUGGCAACCGAGCACUGACACCCGCCGGGCGCAGGAAGUUCCCGGAGAGCUCGAGUCACAGCGGGCGGCAGAGAUCGCUGCCUGAUCACCGUGACCUGUUCCAAACACGUUUAAUCCGCAAAACAAGUCGACUUGAAAGGUGACAUCCCAAGGGAAGAGGAAGAGUCUGUACGAUUCCUGGUACAGUUGUUUGUUUUUGUAUUCGUCGAAUCAGUUUCUUAGGAAACGCGACUUCUGCUGUCCAAAUACUGGACCUCCGGCCUCCCCGCGAUGUCACAUGAUCAGGACCGAACACAGGAGCGGCUCGCAGGCGUGGUGAUGAAAACAAACAUUAUAUGAAUACGUGUUGGAAAAUGCCUUUAUUUAUACGUUCCUUUCAUAUCUGCUUUUGUUUUUUCUCUGGUCUCAUUGCGCCAUCCAGUGGACAGAGCUUGUAACUACACGUCCAGCCUCCUGUAUAUACAGCAAACUGUAAAGUUUAACAGUGUUAUUAUGAUUAUUAUUCUCUGAUUAUGUUUUCAUUUUAUUAUUAAUUGCGUUUUGUUGCAUAGUGAUCUGUAUGUAAUCAAAAUUUAGACAAACUAGGGACUAAACUCUUUCAGCAGCGAUUGUGCGGUUUUGUAAACGUUCACCGUGUCCUGGAUGUUCCACACCUUCUGCUUUGGGACUAAAAUGUGACGGACGCGUUUCAGGAAUAAACUUCAGUGGUCGUCACUCAUAAGUUCAUCAUAAUCACGUUGCUUUUGUACGGCGUGAAGACAUCGGUCCGUCUCCGAUCCUUCAGUUUGUGUGCGUUUACGGCACGUGAAUCGCUGCGACUUUAACGGACAGCAGCCGAUCAGAGGACGAAGCGAUGGAUGCAUGUGAAAGCGCUGCAGUGAAAAUAAGUGUACAAAGAACAACUAAACUAAUAGCCAUUUGAGUGUGUUUGUAAUUUCCAGCAUCGUCUCUUCUGUUCACGUUCAGUUGUCCAGAUUUCUAAAGCUGUCUAUGCAAAUUCUGCAUCCUUUAUCAAAGAAGUUAUACAUGCUGAAAAACCGCUAGCAGUUGCUUUCCAUAGUUAUCAAUCAUGCGAUUAUUAUAUUUAUAGUGAGGAUGUUACUUAUUCUUUUAUGGCACGUUCAUGAUGUAAUUUGCGAAAGCUUGCAUCUCCUCUGUGAAGUUUCUGUACAAAAUGUAAGAAAGAAUUUUUAAACGAGUAAUAAAUUAUAUUUAUAUGCAACACUGAA